GUAUAUUCUUUCUGUGAUUUGUACAUCAUCACCAUCUCCGCCUGGAAACUAAAUAGGCUACGUGCUAUUUCUCGUGUUCAGAAAAAAAAUGAGGGUUUAUUAAGUCUACAUCAGGAGUCUGCCCUUUAGGGUCCUCUAUCUCGCCUAUUAAUCCUAUAUCGGGAACCCAAUGAUCGGGUGAAGAUGGAAUGCUUAUGAUAACUGCUGAAAACAUAUACACGUGAAACCAUGAAUAUCCAACGAGGUUUAAUGUUGAUGGUUAGCUUGGUUGCUUCCAUGUCACCUUCUUUGGGAGCAAAAAUUCUAUGUGCAAUGUCUUCUGUUAUCAAUACUCCAAGUCAACACAUCGUCAUGUCCGCUGUCACAGAACCUCUGGUUGAAGCAGGUCACCAGGUAGUUCUGCUCGCCCCUAAAAACAAAAUAACAAAAGGCUUGUCCUCUGGAGCUGUUACCGACAAGAUCUUCUUCGAAAGCUCCAGGACCAAGGCAGAACACGAGGAGUUCAUGAACAAUCUCACAGGAGUGCAACAUCGACUCAGCCAGAGCAAUCCCAUCGCAGUCUUCCAGCUCUUCAGGCAGCAUUUACAUCUGCUUGGAGAAGGAUGUUCCAACCUCUUCGAAGACCAUGCAACCUUGGACAGCCUCAAGAAGGCGAACUUUGAUCUGAUUCUCACCAUGCCUAUUGUGGGUUGUGAUGCCCUUCUGGCGGAAUACCUUAAAAUCCCUUUCAUUUUGAUUAGCCCAGCAAGAAGAUCGUUGGUCGUCACUGAAGAUCACUUUGGAAUUCCAGUCCCUUCGUCCUACGUUCCAUUCAGCAUCAUCUCCUCCUUCACACAAUCCGAUAGAAUGCCCUUCAAAGACCGCCUUCAGAACAUUCUCAUCCGCUUCGUCGCCCAGCCCCUGAUAGAGUUCAUCACUACUUACCGAUUAAGGGAAAUCAAGAAACAAAUGAACAUCCGUCCAGAUCUUACCCUGCGUCAGCUUAUGGGUCGGGCAGAGUUGGCGUUCGUUUAUUUAAGUUUCGCCUUGGACUACCCUCAGCCCCUGGCACCCAACUGGAUACCCAUUGGUGGCAUCACGGCUAAGCCUUCUCAGCCACUCACUAAUAAUUUGGAAGAAUUCGUGGAAGGUUCUGGAGAACAUGGAUUCAUUAUUUUCACGCUGGGUUCGGCUGUGACGUCACUCCAGAACGAGGGGUUGGCCGAAUCGAUCGCGAAGGUUUUCAGCGAGCUACCGCAGAGGGUGCUGUGGCGAUAUAAAGGAAGAAGACCUGACAACGUGGGAAAUAAUACACUCAUAUCUGAUUGGCUACCACAGAAUGAUUUGCUAGGGCACCCUAAAGCGAGGAUGAUGAUCUACCACGGCGGAGCGGCGGGUGUUUAUGAAGCCACAACCCACGGCGUCCCUCUCCUCCUCAUGCCGCUGGCAGCUGACCAGAUGGGAAAUGCAGCCAGAGUAGAAACCAAGGGAUUCGGACGGGCCGUUGAUAAGAAUACUUUAACCGAAGAGGAAUUCAGGGAGGCUGUCAACGAUAUCCUCACCAACCCUAAAUAUCGGACCAACGCAGCACGUGCAUCCGCAAUCAUGAAAGAUCAACUUGCCGCGCCUCAAGAGACGGUAGUCUACUGGGUCGAACACGUCUUGAAAUUCGGCGGUGGCCAUCUCCGAUCCAGAGCUUUAGAACUUAACUUUCUCCAGCGAGAAUCUAUCGACGUUGUAGUCUUUUUAUUGUUGGUGUUCUUGACAGUGAUCUUCACCGUGAGGUGGGUCGUGUGCAGCUGCUGUUGCCGGUUGUGCGCAAGAAGAAACACAAAAUCGAAGAAAGACUAAGAAUUCAGGAUGUAGACCUAUGAACACAGUUUUACUUCCUAAAUUAUCUUAAUGAUCGAAGGCAAUAUCUAUACGAGCAACUGUAUAUGGGUAAAUUGGUACUUGGUACACUUUACUUCACGUCCCUUUGGUUUCAGGCCUAGUGGUUUGAUCCUAGUUCGAACAGUUCGUCUACUAACUAUUUGGUCUAUUCACCAUUUUGUAUUAGGUGCAAUUAGGCUAUAUUACAUCUAAUAUUCACCUGGGCUCCGUAACACAAAGGUUUGCGAUGAAUUUCAAGUAUGAAAGAACCGCACCGAUUUGUUCUCGGUCGGUAUUUUAAACAGAGUGCGCGUGCAACGACGAUCUUGAUUGGUCAUUGGUAUUAAGUGAUUGAUUGCAAGCCUUUGUGUUACGGAGCCCUGGUCUAAUCAUGUGACCAGUGUGUGAUGAGAGGAACUGUGCAUGAACCAGAUCAAGUGAGAAAGUGUGAGAAGGUAAGUAGACGAAAUGGAAAUUCGACCAUCUGUACAGCAGACUAAAUUAGACCAAGUGGCAAUUAGACCACCAGGGUCCCGUAACACAAAGGUUAGCGAUUGAUCAUAAGCUUGAUUUUCACGAUGGAUUGUGCAUUGUAGUCAAUGGAAUCAACCGUAGAAAAAUGUUCUACAAUCAUUGAUAAAUUUUGUGUUACGGGCCCCAAGUAUUAUACCAAUUACAUAAAAGUCCAACUGCUCAUUUCGAGGCAAUAGACCUGCUUUCAUCAUGCUCAACGUAUAUUACCCAGGGGGCCGUUUCAUAAAGCUGUUCGUAAGUUAAGAGUGACUUUAAGAACGACUGGUGAUCCUUUAUUGUGGUAAAUGGCAUAUUCAUUGGCGAUGGUUACGCGCGUAAGAAAGGUUCACCAGUCGUUCUUAAAGUCGCUCUUAACUUACGAACAGCUUUAUGAUGCACCCACUAGAUCCAAUUACUUAAAUUUGAUACACUUUUGUCGAAGAAAGUACACAGCACAAGAAACCUUUAUCCAAGAUGUUUAGAUGCAGAGGAAAGUCUCGAGAUGUGGAUAACGCUUAUUCUGACUUUAAGAUUCAAAGAUAAAAACACUUCAUUUCAUCGAAAAUCAUAAACACACACAGUGCGCGGGUACACACAUGCCUUAUAUACUACACACACACCCACACGCCCAUACAAAACACCCUCAAACACUCCCACACAAACACGGCCAUAAAACUGUUGGCUGUAGCUUUGAGUCGUCGUGUGGUUUUAAGAAUCUUUUCGAUACAUCGACUUCGAAAAUCACAAAAACUACCCGGGUAUAAUAAGGAUACAUCUACACUCAACAGCUAAGCCUUUAAAAACAUAGGCCUACACGAGACAAACAAUAUCAUUACAUUUAAGGAUAUUCACAGACAGCUAUUCCGAAGUUUCGAUAUUUCAAAAUUAAUCCGAAGGACAGCUAUUAGACAGU